AUGGCCGACCAUCAUGCCGCCAACAUCAUCGAGUCGUCGGACGACAAGUCCAGCGGCGCCAGCCUCGAUGGUUCCAAGGGACAGCCCGAAAAGUUCAUGGCCCCGACCCACGCCUCUGGGGACCAGCAUGUUGGCGAGAUCAGCGAGAUCGAGGCCCAGGGCGUCGCUCACUUCAACCGUCUGGGCUGGAGGCGUCUGACUGUUGUUCUCAUUGUCGAAGCUAUUGCCCUCGGAAGUUUGAGUAUCCCCGGAGCCUUUGCUACCCUGGGUAUGGUUGCUGGUGUCAUCAUGUCUGUUGGCCUGGGAAUCGUUGCCAUCUACACCAGUUAUGUUGUCGGUCAGGUCAAGAUCAAGUUCCCCGAGGUCAAGCACUACGCCGAUGCCGGUAGACUGAUCGCGGGCCGCUUUGGCUACGAAUUGGUCGGUGCCAUGUUUGCUUUGCAACUCAUCUUCCUGGUGGGCUCGCACACCUUGACCGGAACCAUUGCUUUCCAGAACAUCACCGACAAUGGUGCAUGCUCCAUUGUGUUUGGUGUUGUUUCUGCCAUUAUUCUGCUCCUCCUGGCCGUGCCCCCCUCGUUUGCCGAGGUUGCCAUCUUGGGGUACAUUGACUUUGUGUCCAUCAUCGUCGCCAUUUUGAUCACCAUCAUUGCCACUGGAGUCCAGAGCUCUCAUGCCGAGGGUGGUCUGGCCGCUGUCAACUGGUCUGCAUGGCCCAAGGAGGGCCUUACCUUCUCUGAAGCGUUUGUCGCCGUUACCAACAUCAUCUUUGCCUACAGUUUCGCCGUAUGCCAGUUCUCUUUCAUGGACGAGAUGCACACACCCAAGGAUUACGUCAAGUCCAUCUGGACUCUUGGCCUGAUUGAAAUCUUCAUUUACACCGUGACGGGAGCUCUGAUCUACGCAUUCGUUGGCGCCGACGUCGAGUCUCCGGCUCUGCUGUCUGCCGGCUCUCUCAUGUCCAAGGUCGCUUUUGGAUUGGCAUUGCCCGUCAUCUUCAUCUCUGGAUCCAUCAACACGACCUGUGUUGCGCGCUACAUUCAUGGCCGUAUGUUCAAGAACUCGUAUAUUCGCUUCAUCAACACCAAGAUGGGCUGGAUCACUUGGCUUGGCCUCAUCACCGUGGUGACCAUCAUCGCAUGGAUCAUUGCAGAGGCCAUUCCCUUCUUUGACGAUCUUCUGUCCAUCUCCUCGGCACUCUUCGUUUCCGGCUUUACCUUUUACCUCCCCGCCAUUCUCUGGUUCCAGCACAUUCGGGAAGGAUCGGUCUUUGCUAGAGAGAACCUGCUCAAGACAUUUGCCAACGCUGCCUGCUUCCUCAUUGGUAUUGUCACCCUUGUAGGCGGUACAUACUCGGCCAUUGUCGAUAUCAGAGAGCAAUAUGCCGCUGGAACCGUGCGUGGAGCAUUCACUUGCUCGCCGCUAUAA